UAGGAAUACGGGUGGACAAGAAAAAAACAACGCGUUGACGUUGAGUCACCCCUGAAAUAGCAGACUGACAACAAACUGAAAUGACGCCGGAUAUAUCCGAAUGAUUAAAUGCGUUAUCAGAGUUACUAUAUCAGGUUAAACCUCGGAAAUCUCGUGUUGCCAAAAUGAUGGAAGAAAUCGACAGAUUUCAGGUCCCACCAGUGAACUCGGAGAUGCAGCCGUUGGAUCCAACUGCGACGUCCACGUUAGAGGCUGACUCCGAAACAAGAGGGCCCGAAUCCGUGCCCAUCAACUACAAGCCUUCUCCACUUCAAGUAAAGAUCGAGAAACAGAGAGAGUUGGCCAGGAAGGGCUCGGUGAAGAACGGAACGGCAGGUAGCCCGGUCAAUCAGCAGCCCAAGAAAAAUGUUAUGGCCAGAACACGGUUGGUCGUUCCUAAUAAAGGUUACUCAUCUUUAGACCAGAGUCCUGACGAGAAGCCCUUGGUAGCACUGGAUACAGACAGCGAUGACGAUUUCGACAUGUCCAGAUACUCGUCGUCAGGAUACUCCUCCGCUGAGGUGAGAUCCGUGAGGGAACAGCAAAUCAACCAAGAUCUAAACAUCCAGCUCCUGAAAGACGGCUACCGCCUGGACGAAAUCCCAGAUGACGAAGAUCUCGAUCUGAUUCCUCCUAAAUCAGUCAACCCUACGUGCGUGUGCUGCCAAGCGACCUCCUCUUCAGCCUGUCAGAUCCAGUAGCCCUGUAUUCACUUACCCCACAGCCCUUUUACCCAGAUCCCCCUCGACUUUUAACCCUCGAGUCACUACUACAAAAAUAAAUAAAUAAAGCCGUUAUCCUACAACUAAUAUAGGAAAAAAAAAUGUCAGAAGGAAAUGCAGAAAUAAUAAUGAGUCAUUGGUUCCUCCUAUGGUAGGAUAUGGUGUCGGUAUCACCACCUGAGGGAGUUAGAUUUAGUUAGGGAAGUGUAUUGUAUGUUGUGUAUAGGAUGCAGUGAUAAAAAUUAAUGCAUAUUUUAAAAAGGGAGAAAGUAGUAACACGUUUAUUUGUAGAAACACUUCACACAAAGUUAUUCUGUAAAAUAUUUAAAAAAAAAAAAGAUUCUGUUACAGUUUGUUUUUGGAUGUCUUGAUGCACAAUGAUUUUCAGAUAUUGGGAUGUGAGGAAGAAUUUUUUAUUAUUAUUAUUUUUUUUAAUUAUGUUUUUUCUGUUUUAGAACAUUAAUAGGAAGACCUGCAGCACUUUUUAUUCCAGGAGUAAUCUAAUCAGCCAGUCCUGUAGCAGCAGGGCGAUGCAGAUACAGGCCAAAAGCUUGAUCUUGAAACUGUGAUCUCAGUAAAAUUGACCGUGGCAUUGUUUUUGUUAGUGCCAGUUGGGCUGGUUUGAGUGUUUAAGAAACUGAUGAUCUUUACAUCAUUUACAGCAUUUGGCAGACGCCAUUAUCCAGCGCUUUAUACAACGGAGCAAUUGAGGUUUAAGGGCCUUGUUUAGGGGCCCAAGAGUGGACGCGUGGUGGAUGUGGGAUUCUAACUCACAACCUUCCAAUUGGUAGUCCAACACAUUAACCACUAUCCUACCACAUCUCUACAGUAUCACAAAAAACUAACAAAAAACUAAAAAUCCAGUGUCGGAAACACCUUGUAGAUGUGAAAGGUCAGAGGAGAACACCCAGACCUGUUUGAACUGAUAUGUGGUCUACGGUAACUCAUCACUCUUUAUAGCCGUGGUGAACAGAAAAGCUUCUCACAAUGCACAACAAAAUGAACGUCACCUGAUCUUUUUGCCCCGUUUUCAAUUUUCCAGACCUGCCACUGACCUCGCUCAAGUCUGCACACUAAAAUAUCACUCAGUGGAUUUUUUUUUUUUUUUUUUGGUGUUUUUCACACUAUUCUCUAGAAAGAGACUAGAAAAAAUCCUAUCCUGUGUGGAAAAAAAAUCCCAGUCUAGCAAAUACUCAAACCAGAUUAUCGGUCAGCACCAACUCACUGAAAUUGGUGCACAUUAUUUCUGUUCUAUACUUAUGUUUAAAAAUGAACUAAAGCUCUUGGCCUGCAUUUGUAUGACUUCCUGUAUUCCACUGUUCCGCUCGACGGACAGAUCGAAACAUUGCAUGAAUGAACGAGUGUACAGGUGUUCCUUUUAAAGUGGCAGUUGACGUGGUACGAUAAAACAAUAUCAAAAGCUUUCACGAGGUCCAAAUUGACGCAAAUAAUGGAGGGAAACUGACAUGUACGCAAUUAGGUCAUUUUUUUCAUUCCUUCGACAAAUUUUUUAUGUUUAAUGUAUUAUUAUUUUUUAUUUUUUAUUUCUUUUAGCUGCUGCUCAUCUUAUUACUUACAUGAGCUCCUGUUUGCCGAGUAUGAAGGUAUUGAUGGGAAAUUAAGGGAAAUGAGAAAUGGAUUUUCAAGACUGACUUCUUAUGACUUACAAUGUGCCGUAAUGCCAGAAUUAGAUAGCGUUUCUUACUACGGAAAAGCCUACAAAUAUCAUUGUGUACGGUUUUAUUGCACAAAUACAUAUCAUGUCACACGAAACAAAAAAAAACUUCCAAUUAUCACAAAUUUACAUUACAAGGUGACACCGUUACAGCUAGACGCAGUAUUCAGAGGUGCCAAUAUUUACGUAUAUAACUAUAAAAUAUAUGAUUUUUGACUUCUUUCUACAGUAAAGCCGAAGAUAUUUGAAAACUUUAAAAUGACAUAUGUUUUGGAGAAAGAUAAAUAAGUUCCUUCACCAAAGGGGAAAGAACGUAAAUUCACAAGCCUCAAGAGUUGAGAAAAAAAUGGAUGGGAUUUUUCCUUUUUACUAGGUUGUUUUGUUAGAAAUAUUGGCACCCCUACAGUAAGCAUUUACGCCUCCUUUCCUGUAUGACAGGGUUCCAUUUGACAUUUGUUCUCACAAAAAUGUAUUUUAUUUACUUUUAGACAAAGACUAGUGAAUUAUUUCUCGUUUGGACUGUGAUCUGGACCACAACAGUGUGACCGAAAAACACUUGCGACACGACAAGAUUUAGGGACACUAUAUAACAAGAGAUACUACAGUAUAUAUAACACAAUAAAUUGAUGGCAGUACUGUUGACAUACACAGUAUUAUUUUCAUUAGUACUAUUAUUAAGGAAAGCGAAAAGUAAUAUUCAUUACAUGGCUAUAUGUAAUGGUGCCCUGAUGAUGAUGAUGCUGUUAUUCCCAGCCACAAACACUCCAGCUUUAGGGUAACAUACCAUAUACAGGUAAAUAAGUGUAGACUUUUAUACAUACCGUUUAAAUCGCUAUGCUAAUUAAACAACUUAAACUGUAUUUUAGCUAAGAUCAAAACGAUGAGUCUCUACUAGGACAAGUGAAUAGUAACUAGUUCGAAGGUAAACUCAUUGAAGUGCCCGAUUGUUUACACACUAAUCCGCUUUCAGUAUCUGCUUACGUACUGUGAUAUCUAUCAACUACAUUUCAAAACUACAGAAAUGCACACAACUCAAUAGUAUUGAAUUACAAAAAGUAUUUAUUUUUUAGCAGUAGUUAGGACACUGUAGUUUGACUUUUCCCUCUCUGUUUUUCUUCUCUCUUCUUCUCUCCUGAAUUUGUGUUACCUGUAGUUCCGAAUUGCUUUGUAAAUGUAAAUCGAGCCCUCACCUUUUUUUUUUUUUUUUUUGCUUUCCGUUAUCCUCACCUGUCCUGGUUUGCUGAAUUACAGUAUGCCUUAAGUCAGCGUCUGUAAAACAUUAUUUAUUGUGUGUGGUUUGUUUUAAUUUAUUGAAACAAAUGAGACAGAAUGCAUUUUAACAUAGACAUAUUGUUUUUUUUUUAUUAUUAUCAGUAUCAUGUCUAUAAAAAAUGUGAACGGUUUAAAUACCAAUAUUUAACAAUGUUGUAGUGUAGCAUAUCAAUAAAUACAUC